CAUGUGUAUGACGAGUCUAAACAUAACCAAAAAAUAGCCUUAUUUUAUUCACGUGUGUUUCACAGAUAUUCUUUCUAUCAGUUUUGAAAUUUUUCGAAAAUAAUAAACCGACACCAAAAUAAAAAUGGGCAAGUUCCGUUCAAAAUUAAAACGACACUCAAAAGGAGCAAAAUGGGCCCGUGGACAGUCAGCCACAUCGAAUCCGGAAAAUAAGAAACAUCGGAAUGCUGCACGAUCACGUUUUUUUCAACCAAAUCUAAAUACGGAUAUAAAACCAUCAACUACAAAUGGAGUUACAUCGUUAACUGUAGAAGCUGUCACCAAACAUGAUGCACGUCAAUUAUACACAGGUGAUGAUAAAAUCGCGAAAUCAGUUGCAUCGACAAAAUCUCAACCAACUGUUAAUGAUAUUGCGAAUUCAAUGAAUUUGAGUUUGAAUUCAUUGAGUUUGAAUGAUGACCUUCAUGAUGACCAAUCUUAUGCUAAAACGUUUCAAACUUUUGGUUCUCAAUACAGUUCAUGUACCAAUAUGACAUUUAAUAAGUUCUUGAAUAGAUUUCAACAAUCUUCAGAUCAACAUAAGGAAAUGCUUGCAAUUCUGUCAGCAAUAACGGAAGUAAUUAAAGAACGAAAUGGUACACAAUCAUCAACAGAAUUUUUCCUUGGAUUGAUGGAAACUUUAGAAGCAACAAAAAAAGAAACCGAAAUUAUUGCUACUUUAUCGCUUUUAACAAUGGUUAUAAAAUCAGUGCCACAACCUAUUUUACGGAAAAAAUUUGCCGAUACGGGUGAUAUAUUCUUGCAAUUACUGGAACAUUUGGCAGACAAUGAAAAUCAAAAUGUGCUGCGAAGUAUAAUUGGAUGUAUUUCGGUGCUACUAAGAGCUCAAGAUUAUGCAUCAUGGUCAGCCGGUUUGACAUUGAAAUUGUUUAAUCAAGUGUUGUCUUUUAUUAUACACACUAAGCCACGAAUCAGAAAAGCAGCGCAACGUGCCAUUGAAUCGAUUAUUCAUGGGUGCUGUUUCAUGAGUGCUACCAUUCAACCAGACCAAAAAGAAAGUUCACAAAUUGUCACUCAUCCUGCAGGAACACAUGUUACCAAGUUUUGUGUGGAACAAUUCAAAGUUGAAAAUCUUACAAAAUCACAAAAUGUGGUUUUGUACACAAUUGAAUUAUUGAAAAAAAUCUUGAAUGGUUUGAAGAAUGAAGAUAUUAAGGAGAUAUGCGAGUAUAUACUUUCGAUUAUGGUAACAUCAAAGUCAAACAUUCAAAAAAAUUGUUUCGAUACUCUACACCAUUUAUUCCAAUCAAAGUCACCGAAUCUAUCACAAGAUUUGGUUGGAAAAUUAAUUGCCGCCAUCUACGAUUAUCAACCGGAACAAAACGAUGUCAACCUAAUAUUGGCAUGGCUCAAUGUCAUGAGAUGUGGACAUGUUUGCUUAACAUCGUUCAAUGUUUCAAAAUGUUUAUCGGAAUUGCCGCGAUUUAUUACCAUUUGUGCCGGAAACUUAUGGAAAUCAGAUAAUUUACAAAUUGCAACUGGUGUCUACCAUACUAUCAAAGAGUUGUUUGAAGAAUGCAUAGCGCCUGGUAUGAAUACAGAUUUACACCGCAAACCAAUUGCUCGAAUCAUUUCUGAAUUGACGAAAUGUUUAAACGAACCAUUCGGCUUUAUAUCUCAACAAAUAAUUGGGGUUUUUCAAACAGUAUUUGAAAUUUGUGGUCGAAAUUUUGGUGAUAUUUUACAGUCACCGUUAAAUCAAAUUGCAUCGCGUUACGAUGAAACUGCAUCAAAACAAAUACAAAUUGAAAAUGUGGUUCGAGCUGCGAUUUCAACGAUGGGUCCAGAAGCAGCUUUUAUUGCUGUUCCCUUUACCGAUGUUAAUGGUGAUGUUAAUAUAUCGCGAUUAUGGGUUUUGCAGGCAUUAAAGAAAGCAAUAGCUGGAUCUUCAUUUGAAUUUUUCUAUUGUAAAAUUUUACCUCUGGCAAACAAAUGUUAUGAACAAUGGAAAUAUCAUCAAUCUGAAGGGAAUUUGGCUGCUGCACGUACUAAUGAAUUAUUUUAUAUUCAGUUAUGGGAUCUAUUUCCUAGUUUUUGCGAACAACCAAAAGAUUUGAACAAAUUUGGUUCCAUUGCAAAGAUUCUGGGAGAUGUGCUGAAAAAUCGCGUCGAAAUUAGAGUUGCAGUGUUUGAUGGUCUGAUGAAAUUACUUCAAAAUGCAAAUGAUGAAUCAAAAAUUCAAUUGGCCAAAUUUUCACGAAAUUAUUUGAACAUUUUAUUGAAUAUUUUCAUCAAAAAACCAAAUGGAAGUGAAGAGCACAAUUCAAGAGAACAUGCCCUAAAAGUAAUUAUUGAAUAUCUUAAAGUUACACCCAAGGAUGUUCUCACCGAACUAUUCAAUUCCAUUCAUCAUGAAUACAAAUCAAAGGAAGAUCAAAUUGGAGCAUCCGAUGAGACGAAAAAAGCCCAACAUUCUGGUUUGUUUGCCUAUCAAGCAUACUUUGAAUUGCUCAUUGUUUUGGCUGUUUAUCAAUCUGCUGAACAAUUGAAUGAGUUGUUCAUAAACUAUAUCGAACCAACCUUGCGAAAUGCAAAGAAGAAUGGUAUUACGCAAUUGAUCAAAGAACGUCAAAUCAAAUCCUAUCACCUACUUCACAAUAUAUUGAAAUGUGAAAAUACCGGAUGUGAAAAAUUUGUAAACGAAAACUUGCUUCAAAUUCAAAAAGUCUUAUUGAAUACACUGCAAAAUCGAAAAAAUUCAUCACAAGAUUUACGAUUAAGUUGUUUGCUUCUCUUAAUCGAGAAGCAGGAAUCUCGACUGCAGCACAACAGCAAGCUAAUAUCACGAACCAUACCUGAAAUUGUUAUCUCAUUCAACAGCCAGAAUCCAAAAGAGAAUGUAGCAUUAAAAUUGCUUUUGAAAAUUGGACAUAUUUAUCAGCAUGCAAAUAAAGUCAGUGAUUUCGUAGAGCUUUUAAUGUCUGGAUUGGACGCCGAAGCAGACGAUUCUGUUAUGUCAAAUACAAUUCAAGUUUUGCAAGCAAUACUUCAAAAUUUUACAGACCAAUUAACAUUGACUCUUUUGAACUCAAUAUUGGAACAAGUGUUGGCGCAAUUGAUCACUGGCAGUCGUCAAAAAGUUAAGGCGGCAAUUGCAUUUGUAUUGGUUUUCGUAAAAAUUCUCCCAGCAUCAUAUGUUGCUAAUCAUUUACCGAAUAUUGUGAAAGCAAUGUCCGCAAUGAAACCUGAUACGAAACGAUUCUAUCGUAAACAGCUCGGUUUUACAUAUAAACGACUUUGCAAACGUUUCACUUCAGAAGAAAUUGUUAAACUGGUUCCCGGAAACGAUGAGAUUACACAUAAAAAACUGAAAAACAUACGCAAAGCUAUAUCCAGAUCAAAGAGACAAAAAAUUGCUGAAAAAGAUGGAUCAGAUGAUGACGGGCUUGGUGAUGAAGCUGAAAAUGACCCAGAUGAUAUUUUGGCUGAUUCUGAUUCUGACGAAGAGCUUCAAGAGGAUAUUUUAAUGGAUACAGAUGGCGAUCAACAAAGUGAACGUCCAAAGAAAAAAAUGCACAAGAAAGAAGAAAAAUACAUAUUCGAAAAUUCAGAGACCAUUGUAGAUUUAGCUGAUAUCAAAGCAAUGAGCAGUAUCGCAUCAACAAAGCCAACGAAAGAUGUCGGAGAAUCCGUUGGCAAUAAAAAGACGAAAGUUAAAGAUCCAAAUCGUGGCUUCAAAACAGAUACAAGUGGAAAAUUGAUAAUCGAAGAACCAAAGCGAAGUGGUAACAAAGCCAAUUACAGUGAUUCAGAGACUGAAGAUGAAGAUACUGGUGAAGGUAAUAAGCAAACUCCAGUAGAAUCAGAUAGUGAAGACGAGCUUACAGAAAAUGUUACGGCUAAAUCACGUAAAAGAAAAGCAAAUAGUUCAUUAAGUCAGGCAUCUGGAAAGACUGGAACUAGUAGUAAAUAUGUUGCUGGUGGGAAAGGAAUUCAUCGGCCAUUAAGUGAAGCAGCGUCAGUUCGAUCUGGAUAUACCAAUGGAACGAGCAAAACUGGGCAUGGCAGUGAAUACCGUGCGAAAAAAUCGAAAGGAGAUAUGAAAAAGAAAAACACACUUGACCCUUAUGCUUAUAUUCCUCUUUCGCGAAACACAUUGAAUAAACGAAAACGGGCUAAAAACAGUGGACAAUUCAAGAGUAUCAUCAAUGCAGCCAAAAAAGGUGCUGCCGCCGGAUCAAAGCGACGCAAGACAUGAUGUCCACAAUAAGUUUUUAAAUAAAUUAGUUAACUCAACUGAAAAAAGUAAACUUAAUGUUUGACACUACUUUUUAUCACAAUUUUUGAUAACGAACUGUCAAUUUUUUGUAUAUUCUAAUAAAUACGAAAAGUAAAUAAAUGUCAUUAAUUGAUAAU